UGCCACGCCCACUAGCCUCUCAUCCUCUCACUGCCCAAGUUGCCUGCCUCCUAGUCCAGAGAGACAGGAGUGGGUGAUGGGUUCCCGCUGUGCCAAGCUCAGCACCGGCCAUGGCACGGCCCAGAACACGGGUCAUAGCCGUGGCCACGAGUCCUCCAUGAAGAAGCUCGUGGCCUGUGUGAGUCAAGACAACUUCUCCCUGUCAUCAGAGGGUGAGGAGGAAGAGGAGGAUGAGGAGGAAGAGGAAGAGGAAGAUGAAGAAGAGGAGGAGGAGGAGCAGAUCCCGGUGAAAGGCAAGCUGCUGCUGAUGGAGCCCGAGAAGCAGGAGAACACCGAAGACAACGCCGUGGCCCAGCCGAGCCCCGAGCCCAAGCAGACACACUCCUGACCCACCCUGAGGCCUGCCCGGCGAUGGUUGCCCAUCGCCACUCCAGAAAAGAGGACAUUCAGAAAAUAAAGAGUCUCCAAGGAA